GACAUGCUGCAGGCCACCGCCCAGGAGGCCUCCACGGACGUGGAGGACGCCCGCGCAAAGAUCCAGGAGAUCACCGACCAGCUGGCGCAGAACGACCAGAAGCUGAAGGACGCGACCGCGGUGCGGAGCGAGGAGGAGAAGGAGUUCCAGGCGUCCGAGAGCAAGCUGGUGGAUGCAGCCGACAUGCUCACGCGGGCCAUCGCGGCGCUCAACAAAGCUGCCGAGGGAGGUGGCACGUCCCUGGCACAGCAAAGCUUCAGGAGCAAGGGCCUGAAGCCCGUUUUGGUGGGCCUCGGCGCCGUCAUCGAGGCGGCUGAGAUCCGCAGCACGCUGCCGCCGGAGCGGCUCACGGCGAUGUUGCAGGAGCUGGAAGGAGCGGCGAAAGAUGCGCCGGGGAACGACAAGCCCGGCUCAAAGAGCAAUACCGUGAUCAUGGUCAUGGAGGACAUGAGGGGCAAGGCCGCGGAGCAGCUCGAGAAGGUGCGCGCGACCGAGGCGGAGGCGCUCCACAACUUCCGGCUCCUGAAGGCGUCGGUGGAGAGGUCGUCGGCGAACGCCGGGACGGAGCUCGCGGAGGUCAAGUCCGAGAUGUCGGCGAGCCAGGAGCGCCUCGCCAGCACGAACGGGGAGCUGCGCGUGGUCGCCAAGCUCCUGGCGCUCGCACAGGAUGCCUUGAAGUCGAGCCAGUCCGCAUGCAUCGAAGCGGCGGCCGACCACGAGAAGUCCGUGCACGACGUGGAGGCGGAGCUGGCGGCCCUGGGGGAGGCCGAGAAGCUGCUGGCCGAGGCGUCCGGGAGCACCGCCUACUCGCUCGCCCAGGUGUCCCUGGCCCGGAGCCACGACGGCUCCGCCGCGCGCAUCUCGGCGGCCAUCGGCCGCGAGGCGCCCGCGCCGCAGACGCCGACUGGGCUGGCGCCAGAGUUGGAAGAGCUCGUGUCGUCGCAGUUGAUAUGUCCGAUCUCGCACCGCAUCAUGGAGUAUGCUGUCAUAACCCCCAGUGGUCACACUUAUGACCAAGCAGCCUUGCUGCAGUGGCUUCGGCGUCGAAGCGUUGACCCGCUCAGCAUGGAGCCAUUGGCGGCUUCGUCUUUGGUUCCAAAUCGAGCACUUCAUUCAGAGGUCAUUGAGCAGCUGGAGAAGCUGUCGGCCAAGGGAGUCGCCGAUGGUGAUAUGCAAUUAGCAGACGCUUCAAUGGCAAAGCUGGAGUCAGUUCGCAAAGCACAUGCGUCCUUGCUGCUGUCUGACCAGCGUCAUGUCGGCCGCCUCGAGUGGAUCGGCGACCAGUGUGUCAGCUACGCAACAUGGUCGAGAUUAUUGUUGCAGGCGCACCUUGCAGGCCUGUCGCACCUGCCUCUGCUGCGAUAG